UUUUUUUGAAAUAUCUGCAUAAUUCCACCAGGCUAUAGCAAAUAACUUCGAUCUUGCAACUCGCGCAAAAUUUACGUCACAACAUAAUGGCGUGCUGCUCUGCCUAAAAAGUUUCUGUCGGUUUUUGCUGGGUAUUUUUUGCAAAAUUACCAUGGAUUACGAACUAAACACUGUAAGUAUACGUACAAUCCCCGAAGAGGAAUGCCUGAGAUUAUUAUUUUAUCAUGGUGGUAAAAGGUUUGAUUUUAAUCGAAAAAAGCGCGAGGAAACAAAAAAAACUUUACAGCGAAUUUCAUUAAAACUUCAACCAAAACAGAAUAAAAAGAAGAGCAAAAUUGUAGAGGGUUCAGAGAGUUUAUCAAACGUCCAAGUGAAAAAAUGUAACGUAAUACUUGUAGAUGACAAGGAGAAUUUGAUUGACGAAAACAAAACAAAUGAGGAAGCUUUUGUGAAUGGAAAUAUUUUGCUAAUUAAUAAUUUAUCAUACAAAUUAGUUCUUAACCCACCAUCAGUGUUGCAAUUAUCUUUACCAACUAGUAUUAUGGCUGGGUUCUUUGUCUUUCCAGAUGUCCAGCUAGAAUUUUGUAACGUUAAAGAGUCAAAAUUUUACUGGUAUUUAUCAAGUCAUAGGGAUAAUAAAAGCAAAGAUAAUGUUUGGAAGUUAGUUGGUGAAGACUUUACAUACUUGCCAUCAGUCAAUGACAUAUCAUAUUAUAUAAAGUGUCUGUGUAUUCCAGGUGGUGUAGCAGAUGAUGUAUGCCCUGAAGAAGUUGUAUCUCCAGAGCCAAUAUCUGCUGGUCCUGGUAUUUGCCUUUUUGAUCAAAGGCAUUUAUAUACACAAGCAUUUUUAGGUCCAAAUGAAUUUAGAGUUGCUUCUUACAAUAUUCUUGCUGAUGUGUUUGCUGAGAGUGAUUUUGCAAAAGAGGUACUUUAUCCUUAUUGUCCAGAAUAUGUGAUUAAUUCAAGCUAUCGCAGGCAGUUGAUUAUAAAAGAGUUGAUAGGUUAUCAUGCUGAUAUUAUUUGCCUGCAAGAAUGUCAAUCAAGUAUGUAUGAAACUUACUUAAAACCUAUUUUAGAAAUGAAUGGUUAUAAUGGAUACUUAACUUUAAAACUAGGUGAAAUGCCUGAAGGUGAAGCAUUGUUUUUUAACUCGCAGAAGUUCACGCAUGAGAAAGAUUGGAGUAUAUCUGUAAGAGAUGCAUUAUACUUUGAAUGCAAUAAAGAGUUAUUAUCAGAACUUGUUGAACAUCCUGCUUUUCUCGAAGCUGUUCAUAAAAAAACAGCUGUUGGUCAAAUCCAUUUAUUAAGAGAGAAAAGUGAGACUGAAAGACUUUUGGUCAUUUUGAAUACACAUCUUUAUUAUAAAAGGCAUUCCCAACGUAUACGUCUCAUUCAGAUAUCAGUUCUGAUGAAUUAUCUUCAUAGUGUUUUACAGGAAGAAAGAAAAGAUGUGUCAGUUCUUCUGUGUGGCGAUUUAAAUAGUUUAGCAGAAGAUGAAUUACUUCGUUAUUUAAAUGGUGAGAAGAUUGAUUCAGCAAAUCCUGUGUGGUGUAUUAAUGAAGGAGAUGGGUUGCUAGUUAGAGACAACAACAUGUUUACCACAAACCUAACCUGUCCAAUUCCGUUACAAAACAAAAGUGGUUUUCCACCAUUUACCAGUUAUGUACCACAUUGUAAGACAACACUUGAUUAUGUGUUUAGUGUUGACAAAAUUGAACGUACAGGAUUUAUACCACUCCCUAAAGCAAGUGAUAUUGAUCCUUAUGUUGGUUUACCUUGUGUCGUGUCAGGAUCUGAUCAUCUCGCAUUAGUUUUGGAUCUGAUGUGGAAGUAAUCAGUAAUAAGCAUAUUUUAUCCUGUAUUUUUGCGCUUAAUUGUAGGAGUUGAGGAAUUUAUUUGGUUUAGUGGGUAAUUUUUACUGAAUUCUGGAAAGUGUAUAUGUACACAUUUUUAAAGAACCCCAUUUAUAAGAAAAUAUAAACAAAGGUUGUCAGCCUCCCUCCACUUCUUAAGCACAGAAGAUAUAAUUUAAAAAUA